CCUAGUUAUAUUCCAUCAGACUAUCCCAUUGUCACAUAUGAGAUAGGAUAUCAUAUCUUACAGUCUGAAAACUGUAUAAUAGCUACUAAUAAUUUUAAUACUGAUGCCACAGAAACUGUUGAUACCCCCAGUAGCAGUACAUUUAGAUCUAUUAACAUUACUGGUCUUAAUGCUAUGUCUUGUUAUAUUUUUGGUGUACGUGCAUACACUGAUAAUGGAUAUGGACUAUGGACAAUUAUUGCUAAUGAAACACUAGAACUACUAAUUCAGCCACCUUCAAGUGCAUUAGUAUCAACAUCACCUUCAAUAUUCAUAUAUCCAAGUACUACUUCAAGCACAUUAUGUAAUGAUAGAGAUAUUGCAUUUAGUGUGUCAGUAGGUGUAUUGUUUAUUUUACUGACUGUAAGUGUCAUUUUCAAUAUAUAUUCCUUUAUAAGAAUGAGAGGUCCUAAAGGUACCAAACAAGCAAAAGCUGAUGAUGAUAUUGCAAUGCAAGUAUGUGAACCAUAUGAUCUUCACAAGACUAAACUAAGUGAAGAGAACAGAGUCUAUGAUGAAUGUCAAGUGUCACCUGAUGCUGUUUAUGAGACUAUGCCACAAUGACUUAUUAUUGUGAUCGUUAACUUUACAGUUUUGUAGU